AUGGGUCGAAGAUUCCAAAGACUGCGGGAAUCCACACUGCGACUCAGUUCUGGAAGGGUUAGGGCUAUGAUGCGAAACCCUGACAUCUUGCUGCUUGACGAGGCGACAAGUUCUCUCGACUCAGAGAGUGAGAAGCUGGUCCAAGAGGCGUUUGAGAGGGCUGGCAAAGGCCGUACUAUGGUCGUCGUUGCCCAUCGUCUUGCAACUGUGCAAAAUGCCGAUGUCAUCUUUGUUCUUGGUGAGGGCAAGUUGAUUGAGGAGGGGAGCCAUCGCGAGUUAUUGGCUGCGCGUGAUAUUUACUGGCAGAUGUGUCAAAGCCAGGCUUUGGAUCAGUAG